AUGAGUUCCAAUACAUUAACUAAAAAAGCCGAGGUGCCAGUUCCAUGUAUAACCAGCAGCACAUGUGCGUGCGAAUCAUGCCAGGAAUGUCAGGAAUGUGCACAAUGUGAUGAAUGCGCGCCUCCCAUACCUUGCGCUGAGUGUGAAAUUUGUGAAAAAUCCGACGUGGAUGGAAUGUCUAUUGACAACAACCAGGACACAAGAGCCUCUCACAGUGGCAUGUGGGUACCUCAACUACCAGAUCCUGUGCGUUUGUAUAAUAUGUCAGAAACAAACGAUUUCAAUCCUGACUACCCCAUGCCUCCCUUACCGUCGUUAGAGGUGCUAGUUUCUUCUACUUCAAACUUGAUACGGAACGAAGUCAUUUCCUUUUUCG